AUGGCAUCCAAUCCCAUCCUCUCUCUACUCUCCAAAGAGCUUCUCACUGGAGAGAAUUUCAUGAAAUGGAAGUCCAACAUCAACAUUGUGGUGAUCAGCGACAACUCUAAGUUUGUGAUGACUGAGGAAUCCUCUGAAGUUCCAGUUGAAGGAGCUAACAAGUUUGUCCAUCACAAGUAUGAGCAUUGGCAAGUGACAAACAACAAAGCUAAGGCAUACAUGCUGGCUAGCAUGUCAAACACGCUGAGGACGAAGCUGGAAGAUGUUGAAACUGCAUUUGACAUCAUAGAACAACUUCAAGAGAUGUUUGGACAUAAAUCUUGGCAAGCUCAUUUCGAAGUCACCAAGAAAUAUGCAAAUGCUAGGAUGGCACCAAUGAUGCAUGUUCGUGAUCAUUUCAUAAAGAUGACAGACUAUUUUCAGGAGGUUGAGUUGCAUGGAUACACCAUAGAUGAGGAGACUCUAGUGGGGCUCAUCCUGAAUAAUCUUGCUCCUACUUUUCUAACGUUCACCACAAACUACUUCUUGAACAAGCUGAAUUACGGGAUGACUCAAUUGCUAAAUGAACUUCAAAUGUACAAAGAGAUUAAUUAUGGACCGAGCAAAGGAGGAGAGAAGAAGGCUCCAACUACUUCAACUACUACUAAGGGUGCCCAGGCUGAAGUUAACCUAGCUUCUGCUCCAAAGGGCAAGAAGAGAAAGGGUGGAUAG